AUGGAAGUUACACUGGUUUGCGACUGCGAAGAUUGCUACAGCAGCCUAAUACAGGUGGGAUGUGUAAACAUUCUGUGCGACAUUCCAUUUAAACUGCUGAAAGAUUUCUCAGAAGGGAUCGCCGAGUCCUCGAAUUGCAAUUUUGGCAGAAGUUGCGAGCUCUACGAUAAAUUAAACUGCUCUCAAAUCCACCUGAUCCUGAUCACACACGCCAGGGGGUUUCAAGGGUUAAAUUUACUCAGUGAGUGCUACGACCUGAGUUCAACGCACAUAGUGUGCACGAGGCCAGUGUUUGUGCUCUCAAACAUAUACUACUCGACCAAAAAUCGCAAAAACGGAGUCAGGCAGAGCGGAAGGAGACCAUUUUACGAGUUCGGAUCCAGGAGACUAAUUUCAAACCUAAGAGAGCCGAGGUACAGGAGAAAAUCGACCGAGUUUAGCCUGUUAGACUUUCUGAACGGCAACCUGUUGCACCUGGUGUCGUACAGUGAGCCUUUGAAGAUUGACCUGACGGUCAGCAGCGCAUACACGAGGCACGGACCGCUGGUUAACGCACUCAACGCAGGUCGCUUGAACGACUUCAGCGUGCAGCUCAGCGUUGUUGCCACCUCAAGCGGGUACUGUUUGGGCUCAUGCAACUACCUGAUCAAACACGAGCACGUGCGGGAGAGGAUCAUCUACGUAUCUAAGUCCUCGACUCGAAAUAGAUACACGAGGCCGUUUGACUACUCAAUUUUCGACGACGUCACACCCGAGGACGUAAUAAUAGUUGCGAACAGUGUUACCUUGGGUACCGGCAGUUCCACAAAUAGUUUCAGCAAUGCUACAAGCACUGCCAACAGUAGUGACUUUAAUACCGGCAAGAGAGAUGACGUCAACAGUGGUAUGAUCAGUGCCAGCAGUAGCGGCAACGCUUCCGAUAGUGGUAUGCAUAGUGGCAACAGCGACGAUGAGGUGGAGGUUAAGAGUGAACGCAAGCGGCAAGUAAAGGAGGAACUGUUUUCGGACAGCGGAGAACCCGAUGCAGGGAAGGUGGAGUCUGAAGAGGCAGAUAGGCCCCUUCGAGAGUUGGAAAAACUGAGCGCGUAUUGCAUAAAAGCAGUGCUUAGCGGACACAACGCAAUAGUGCCGGUUGACUUCAACUACGAGUACCUCAUUGACCUCUUUGAAAGCCUGAACCGGACGAUAAAGAGGAUGAAGAAGCAGAUCUACGUCUACUGCCUGGGCCCUGGAGUGGAGGAGAUGUUCGACUACCUGGAAAAGUGCUGCGACUGGGUGGCAAGUGCGCGGUCGGAGCUGACGAUGCACUCGGAGGACCCGAAGUCGCCCUUCCCGGACCUGGAGGACAUGAAGAACAACAACCAGUUCUUCUGCUCCGACAGCCUGGCUGGCCUCAGCAGCGUCUUCAGAGAGCCUUCGGUGCUGGUGAUAGCAGUGAAGCACAAGGGGGACUUUACGGACUACUUCCACAACGAAAACAACCGGUUCCUGAUACUGCAGCCGAAGUACUACCCCCCUCAACUUAGUGUUGAUGCAACUACUGUUACCGGUGGUUAUAGUGGGAUUGUUUCACAGGGGAGUACUAGCACACCUCCCGUUUCUGUUGGUGUUAAAGGCCACAUUGCAAAGAGGAAUACCAGUGUACCCGCCACUAGUAUUGCUGCCAGUGGACCUGCCACUAGUAUUGCUGCCAGUGUACCUGCCACUAGUAUUGCUGCCAGUGGACCUGCCACUAGUAUUGGCGCUAGUGAAGGUAGCUCCAGUAUUCGUAAGGGCCUAAACGGUAGAUGUCUGUGUACCAGUGUCAAUUUGCAGACUAGCAUGAGCAACAUCAACGUCAACGCCAGGGUGGUGGUGCUUAGUUCGAACAACAGGCACUGUGAACUUCACCUGGACGAAGUAAACGUGGGUUACAUAAGAGCAGGGGUGAAGCCCAAAGUCCUGGACAAGCUGGAGUUUAUUAGUCUGUUUCCGCAGGGGAGGCUGAAGAGCAGUGCCACCAUCGCUGGUGGACCUAGCAGUGUUGCUGCCGACGGCGGCAGUAGCAGUGCCCCUAGAGAUGCCACCAUUGAAUUCAGCAAAUUAAGAGUAGACUGCUCCAAUAUCGAUGACGUGGCCGUGAGGAAAACGGGUUCAUUAGCACCAAAAAGUACCCUAUCGACACCUACACCAUCGACGACGCCCAAAAAGUCCAAGAAAAGUAAGCCGAAGAACCACCCUAAGUCCGAAGACCAGGUCCCUGAAAUCUCCGAUGACGUGAACGAUGCUCUUCUAUUUGGAACCUACAACUACACUGGCCUCCUCACCGAGUUGAGUAAGUACUUUGCCGAAAAGGUCGAGGUAACUAAGACUCCGCAGGGCGUGACCCUCACUCACAGCAACUUUAAAAUCUCAAUUGGAGGCGACGGCAAGAGCACUCUCAUAGAGACCGUCAGCGACAACUAUCGCAAGUGCAUCCUAAGGUCUCUGCAGCAGGUCCUAAUAUCUAUCUAA